CAGUACUGGCGACGUGCCAGGAAAGUUUUUGAGUUGGGUGAAUUGCAGUUUUGUUGUUUGCGAAAUUAAGUGAAGUUUCAAUACCAAUAUAUAACUAUAAACUGUGUAAAUUGUAUCAAAUGUAAUUAAACUAGAGGACGGUCUAUUAGUUUUAGUCCUAAAUCAAAGAAAAGCGUCCACCAAAAGCCAAGAAACUCGCGAAGAAAACAAGCACCCACAAGGAAGUCCUCUGACGACUGUCAAGUGAAUCGAAACCAAGUUGACCGUAAUAUUUUCCAUAAAGUUCGAUAGUCUCUGGAGGUCUAUCGCGGGUUAGAAAACUUGUCCGGGUUUAGUUAUUUCUCCGGCAUUUGUCUUUCUGUCUACCCUCGAGGCAAGGAGCCGAGCUGAGCAGAGCCUGAAGUCUUUGCCCCCAUUGUACGCUAGUGCGACGCAGCUGUGAACAAAGAAGCGCGUCUGUUGCCAAAAAAUUGGAAACGCAGUCGACGCAAAACAAGCGCCUGUGUCUGAAAAUAAACCUUCUUAAAGGUGGGGAUUGUUUUGGUCGGACGACGAUAAAAUUUAGACAGGAAUGAGUGAAUUAAGCGCAGAAGAGAUUCGUGCACGUCGAUUGCGUCGACUUGGAUUACUAGAUCAAAGCGGUCAGGGUGAAUCGAGCAACGUUACGUCGUCGAGCCCAAAGGCAGACGAGAAAGUCGCCCCUGACGCCGAGGCCACUGCGCCCCAAGAUUGCGGAGAUGUCGGUGUUGCAAAGGAGGGCGAGGGCGGAGAACGCUCCAGCACAAACGUGGCAAAAAUAUCUCGAUUGGUGACUGAAUCUCAAACCAACAUCGCGGCUAAGCCAGCAGAAUCGGAGUCACCUCUACAAAAAUCGCCCACCCAAACUUCAGUCACGAAAAUGGAGACAGAAGAGUGCGUGGGUAGCUCGAUAGCGGAGAAAUCCGGGGACGGAGACUCAGGCAUCGAGAACAUGGAAACGGACGAGGCCGUACCAGAAAAACCGACACUGAAACAACAGAUUGAGGCAAUUCUUUCGAAAAUCUUCGAUGCCACUUGGUCCUCAAAUUGCAAGGGCGAAAUAAUAUGCCCGCAGACAGCAGAACUCUAUGAGAGUUUGGGGGACGAAGUGGAUUUCUCCGACCUAGUGUCCAACUUGCUCAUAGAAAUCAUGUUCAAGUACGCUGACGGAGAACUCACGGAAAAAUUCGAAACUGACGAUCCUGGACUAUUCAUAUCAAUGCCGAAGAAGAGCAAAAGCGACGAUUCGCAGCAAAUGGACACGGCGGGAGAAUCCGGGAUGCCAUCGGCGGACAUUUCUUAUUCAUCGACCAGCACCGCCUGUCCAAAGCUAAGCCUACGACCUUUUUGCUCCACCAAGCAAUCCGCUCUCAUCUAUCUCACUCGCUGCUAUAGAAACGCCCAAAACGAGUGGAGCAUCGUGAACAACGAACCAGAGAGCGAGACCAACAAAGAGAAGCUUUCCGAAAUUGAAAAGGCUCGAAGCCAAAUUAUAACUCAUUCGAUUGCAAUUUUGACGCAAACGUUCCAUGAAAAUGUGAACCCCAAGGUCCAGCAUUCGCCGCUGCUCGAUCUCCUCUAUCGGAACUGUAUUCCUGACGACUUCAUGCAGGACCUGGUGGCGGAAGCAUUCAAGAAGAAAAACGUGUUUGAGCAUAUCUUCGGAACCUUGCUCCGCGAGUUGUUCUUCGGAAUGCAGCGCUCGUGUGCUUCAGCAGCGAUCCAGAUCGAUCAAAUUGAGAUUCUGGCAAACUUGGUGACUAUACGCGUGAACACCGUUCGUCCGCUAUGCGAUUUGAUCUCGAAACAGUACAAUUUCUAUCCAAUGUCGUGCACCACGGCAACUGAGGGUCGUGAAAUCGUCAAGUGCAGUUAUUUGGGACCGUUCUUAUCCCUCUCGAUUUUCGCAGAGGAGAAUAUUAAGUUUGCUGAUGAGAAUGGACGAUCGGCGAUAUUAUCCCCACAGUCUGGAAAGUUCCGAUUGCAAUUACACACAAUGCGAACGCUGCUACACACUGUUUUCCACUCGUUCCUGGUAAAUCUUGAGAGCCGCAACAGCAUGCUCAUGUACAUAUCAAAAAUUUUGAAGUCCAACGAGCGUCGUGUGCAAUUCGCCGCAGAUGAGAAGUCAUUGGCGCGUGAUGGGUUCAUGCUGAAUUUGAUGGUGGUUCUACAGCAGCUUUCUGUAAAAAUUAGAUUAAACAGAGUUGAUCCGCUCUAUCCGUUCCACUGGGAGUCGUUGGUGGUAAUUGCAAAGGAUACGAAACUUCGAUUUGGCCAGGAAGAGUAUACAGAAUGGUUGGAUAAAUUACAAAAAGAUCCAAGUGUUCGAUGGGAGACAGCAAAUUUCCAGACGCAUUGUUGGUUUUUGACUUUGCACGCUCAUCAUUUGGCCAUAAUGCCAGCGAUUCAACGCUACGGCAAAAAGUUGCGGGCAAUCAAAGAGCUUCAACGUAUGAUCGACGAAUUGGAUAAGACGAAAUCUCAGUGGGAAAAUAUGUCUUUUGCCAGCCGAAAUAUUCAGUUUCGUGACCGUUGGAUGAAACAGUUGAAAAAAUUGAACAGAUCAAAGAUUUGCAGUGAAGUGUGCCUGUUGGAUACGCGACUGGUGCAGGCUUGUAUGUUUUUCUAUUCAACCGUUUGUGAGUUUCUUCUGUAUCAAAUGGAAGGACGUCAAGUGGAUGGGCCAUUUAUAACAACUAUUUCACCGCCGCAAUUGAAGCCAACUGAAGCUUUCUCUGCACUGCCCGAAUGGUAUGUUGAUGACAUUGCGGAAUUCAUAUUGUUCGCAAUGCAACAUUGCCCCGACGCAGUAAGGACAUCGAUUGAUCAUUCGAUAAUUACAUGGUUGCUAACGUGUGUAUGUGCUCCGCAUUGUAUUAAAAAUCCAUAUGUCACUGCCAAACUAGUUGAAGUCUUAUUUGUGUUCUCGCCAAGCAUUCAACCGGCAAACACACUCCAUGCGUCGAUAUUAAAUCAUGAAUUAGCUCAAACUGUACUUGUUAGCUCUCUUAUGAAAUUUUAUACUGACAUCGAAACGACUGGUCAAAGCACUGAAUUUUACGAUAAGUUUACUAUAAGGUACCAUAUAAGCCAUUUAUUCAAAGGGAUGUGGGAGAGCCCUGUUCACCGCCAAGCGAUGAUUACUGAAUCGAAGACAGGAAAACAUUUCGUUAAAUUUAUAAAUAUGCUAAUGAACGACACAACAUUUUUGUUAGACGAAUGUUUGGAGUAUUUGAAACGAAUCCAUCAAACACAGGUUUUAAUGCUCAACGACGAAGCGUGGGAUGAAAUCGGUGGUGAGCAGCAACAAAGUAGACUUCGCCAACUGGCACAAGAUGAACGUCAAUGUCGCUCUUAUCUGACAUUGGCUCGUGAGACUGUUGAUAUGUUCCACUAUUUAACGAUUGAUAUUCGGGAGCCAUUUUUACGUCCGGAGCUGGUGGAUCGACUUAGCUCUAUGUUGAAUUUCAAUCUACAACAAUUGUGUGGACCUAAGUGCAAUGAUCUUAAGGUUCGAAAUCCUGCGAAAUAUGGUUGGGAACCAAGACGACUGCUAGGACAAAUUUUUGAUAUAUAUUUACAUCUUGACUGUGAUAGGUUUGCCACAGCUUUGGCUGCCGAUGAACGUUCAUUUGAAAAACAUCUUUUCGAUGAUGCCGCCGCUCGUAUUGAACGUUUAUGUAUAAGAUCAACGGUACAAGUGGAAAAAUUCAGAGCUUUGUUGACGAAAGCACACGACAUUUAUGUGGCAAAUCAACAGAGUGAAGACGAAUUUGCUGACGCUCCAGACGAGUUCAAAGAUCCGCUCAUGGACACGCUGAUGUCGGACCCCGUUCAACUGCCAUCUGGCACAAUAAUGGAUCGUGCAAUCAUCACAAGACACUUACUGAAUAGCAACACAGAUCCAUUCAACCGGCAAACACUGACGGAGGACAUGCUGGUACCCUGUCAGGAUCUAAAAGAACGCAUUGCCUUAUGGAAGAAGGAGAAACAGGAGAAACGUGAACGCCAACAACAACAGCAGCUUAAUCUUAACGAUAAGAGUUAAUAUCAUUUAGACGAAAUAAGUGUUUGAUAAUAAAUGAUUGUUCUAUGAGACAAAAAACCUACAUCAUCGUAUAUGAUAGACUCGUGUUUACUUUUAGUUUGUACUCAUUGUAAAAAGGUUGAAUCUAAUUGUGUGUUUGUACUUUUUCUGCAAAUUGAUCGUUUCGUGGUCAUCCUCGUCCAUUCAACGUGUAUACGUACAUAGACUCCUUUGCGAACGAAUUGUCUAUAAGAAAUAGCUAGUAAAUUGGUGGUGCAAGUGGCAGCGACAUUAUAAAAUACUUUUUGCAUUUGCGUUGAAUGUACGGUCAGAGGACGUUAUUUAAGAUGUCUUAAUCGAAGUCGAAGAUUCCCUUUUUACUGAAUACGCUAACAAUGAGAAUUUGAGGAGUACUUUUAGGAUAAUUUAAUAAUUGUGAUUUUUUCGAUACAUGAAAUGAGUAAUGAAUUACAUGAAUAUAUAUCGACAAA